AUGGGGCGCACUAAACGCCCGGAGCAGUCCCAGACCCCGAGGCACUCCUCACAGGGCCCGCUGGACGGGUUUCUCCACCCGCAGACUGGAGCGAGCGGAGGCUCCGCGAGCCCCAAAAUGGCAGCGUCAUCCACCUCGGGACAGGAGAGGCCGGCACUGGACCGGAUUGAAGAUACCCUGAGGGACCUGGCUGCAGCCAUGGUGACAAAAUCCGACCUCCAGGCUAACACAACAACCAUCCAAGAUACCCUGCGGACGGAGAUUGCUGGGAUCCGCACGGAGCUCACAGCGCAAGCAGGCCGCAUUACUCUGAUGGAGGAGGCGAACGCGGCCCUCACGACCCGCGUGACAGCUACUGACAUGGCUGUGGCACGACAAGGGGAGAUGCUGCUCUCCAUGCGUCGACAUCUCGAAGAUGUAGACAAUAGAGGCAGGAGAUGCAAUAUACGGGUACGUGGGGUACCGGAGGCGGAGGGGACGGAGAAUGCUAUGGAAAUCCUCACGGAACUCUUCUGCUCCCUACUGUUUCCGACUCCGCCGCCUGAGAUCGAAUUUGAACGGGCGCACAGGGCCUUGCGACCUCGCAAUAUGGAGGACGGGCCGCGGGACCUCAUAUGCUGCCUACACUCCUUCCCGGUGAAAAACACCAUUAUGGCUAAGGCACGGGAACGGCAAACCUGGCCCUUUAGAGGAGUUCAAGUUUCUCUCUAUAAUGAUCUGUCUCCCAUAACACUGGAGGCCAGACGGGCCCUCCGCCCAGUUACUGCUACACUGAGAGACCGUAACAUUCCAUACAAAUGGGGCUUCCCCUUUGCCUUGAUGGCUAGGCACCAGAAUAGAUGGCUCACUUUGAGAUGGCCAGAGGAGGUUCCGCGGUUCAUAGGAGAAAUGGGCCUCCCCUCACCGUCGGUCCCCAACUGGAUACUGGGACCGCUGGGCCCACAGCCGAGACCACAGAGAGGGCCAAGACAACGAGACGUGAGAGCUCCUCCUGCUCAACACCCUGGGCGACGCGGAGACCCGACGUCCCCUGAAGAAUAA